AUGACCAAGAGUGUUGACAGAGCAUCCGCAGUUAUUGAAAAAGGAAAUACAACAACUACCUCUGACACAGUGGCUUCUGGAGAACCAAAGGAAAAAGUGAUUAAGCAACGGAAUGAGACCCAAGAAUACAUCGAAGCUCGGUAUUUAUCAGCUUGUGAUCGAUACUAUCUGAGGAUCCUCAUUAAUAAGAUUAAGGGUCCUAGAAGUUAUGACGAGCUGAAAACUUUCAACGACGUGAAAUACCCUGACUUCAAAUCAGUUUGCCACGCACGAGGCUAUUUGGACAAUGAUGUUGAAUGGCUCGAGAGUAUGUCGGAGGGUGCUAGAACAGCCACCCCAUACCAACUCCGCGAUAUGUUUGUCACAUUCCUAAACACUUGCUUCGUUGCAAGCCCCAAAGGACUAUGGGAGCACUCAUGGAAAUCAAUGAGCGAGGACAUACUUCACAAGAGACAAAGGAUCUUAGGCCACACAAAUCUGGAACUGGAUGAUGAGACCCUAGAGCAAUACACGUUAAUCGAAGUGGAAAAGUUGAUGCGCAUGCAAGACCGUUCUUUAAAUGAUAUUAAAGAGAUGACAAAGAUCAAACCUGUUUGCUAA